GACGGGGAACCUCUGGCCAAUCAGGAGGCGCCUCUCAUUGGCGCGCGCUGACGCCAGCCAAUAGAAAUCGCCGUCUCAUCGCCCCCUCAGCCUCCCAUUCUCCAGCGUUACGGCGAGGUGCACAGUGGAGAGGCAGCGAGCGAGCGCACUAGUGUCAAGGAAAUAAGAAGAAUCUUGAGCAGCAAGUGUCGGUGACAGCGGCCAACAAGAACCAACCAUGGGUAAGGGAGAUCCGAAGAAGCCCAAGGGCAAGAUGUCGUCAUACGCCUACUUCGUGCAGACGUGCCGCGAGGAGCACAAGAAGAAGAACCCAGAGGCGUCGGUCAACUUCGCCGAGUUCUCCAAGAAGUGCUCCGAACGGUGGAAGACGAUGUCUGAGAAGGAGAAGACUCGCUUUGAGGACAUGGCAAAGGUGGACAAGGUGCGGUAUGACCGAGAGAUGAAGACGUACGUGCCUCCCAAGGGCGAGAGGGGCAGCAGGAAAAAGAAGGACCCCAAUGCCCCCAAGAGACCCCCGUCGGCUUUCUUCAUCUACUGCGCUGAGUACCGCUCCAAGGUGCGCGCCGAAAAUCCCGGUCUCACCAUUGGCUCCAUUGCCAAGAAACUGGGUGAGAUGUGGAACAACGCUCCUGCUGACGAAAAGUCGAUCUACGAGCGCAAGACAGCCAAGCUGAAGGAGAAGUACGACAAGGACAUGGCUUCGUACAGGUCAAAGGGCAAGGUCGAGACCAGCAAGGUUGCCUCGAAACCGGCCAGCAAGCAGAGGGAUGAUGACGACGAUGAAGAUGAUGAUGAGGACGAAGACGAGGAUGAGGACGAAGACGAUGAUGAUGAUGACGAAUAGGAGUGCUAGCAGGAGUGUAAAUGGAAGUAUGGUGGGCUUACUUCACGGUUUGGCUGGUUUCGCUAACGUUAGUUUCCUCUCACUUUGUUUGAAACUGGUUAGCUGUCUGGUUGGAAAGGUGUUUUGAAAUUUUAAUAUUGAAAAUCUAUGGAUACCAUACAUGAAUAGAAACUGUGUACGGAUUGUCCGCAUUAAUAAAAUCGUCAACACCCACGGGUGGUUCAUAAAACCAAAAUUGGAGUGUGCAAAAACAUUCCCAUGCAGACCUCAUUGAAGUUACGAUGGUGACACAGGGAAUUGUGAAGUAAGCUAGCUGUAAAGAAAACAAGAUAAUACUUCAAAUAAAUACACUCUUGUACUUACUAAACUUUAGUUCGGGGUUUUUGUGUAAGGGAUGCCAUGGUUACUGCAGCCACAGUUUGACGAGCACUGAAUUUAGUGAGCAUACCUGAUGACAUUUUUUGCUGAGCUUGUGCGUAUUAUAUGCUUAAGGCAAUAAUGGCUAGAUAAUUUGGAAACUGCAGGUUUGUGGCAACAGUAAUAGAUGAAAACCUGUCAAUUUUGGCAUCUUUAGUAGCGUGUUGUUGCCGAGUGAAAUUUUUGCUAGCGAUUCAAGGAUGUGGCAAAUGAGCAGAUGCUUUUCAGCUAUAAAUGGAUCAAUGUACACUGUGUUGUAAGUUACUGCUUCAUGUACAGGCUUUCUCUUCCCUUUAAGCAUUUAUGUUUAAAGUGGAAAGUGAAAACAUUUCAUUUGGCGCUUCAUUGUUGCUUGCCUUUUCUAGUUCAGGCUUUUUUUUGUACAAAAAAUAAUUGCAGUCGUAAAAAAACUGCCAAAUGAUUAUUCUAGUACAUUAAUACAGUACUCGUGAGCUGCAUGUUUUAUUGUGCUUUUUGUUCUGUAUUUGAUUUACUAAUAAACAUUUUAGUGAC